AAGCAACUCUCUCUCUCUCUCUCUCUCUCUAAUGGGGACGGUCGCACUCAAGAACGAAUCAGUCCAUCGUCAUCAGACUCCAUCUGGUGGAGUUGAUUCUGAGGAAAGCUUCAUUCUUCCCUUUCACAUUUCCACUGCUACAUAACACGCACUCUCUCUCUCUCUCUCGCUCUCUAACACAACCUCGCCAUGUCCAUGGAUUCAGACCAGGACGUACGAGAGCAUCUACUGGUGGUAGACGGCGACGGCGGGGAGAACGAGGGAUCGGAGGUGAAAUUCCGGAUCCGAGAGCUGAGGAAGUGGUCGGAGAGCGGAGAUCCGAUACUGAACGGCGUGAGCGUCGACGUUCCGAAGGGCGUGAUCGUCGGAAUCAUCGGGCCGAGCGGCAGCGGCAAGUCGACGCUGCUGAGAGCGCUCAACCGCCUCUGGGAGCCGCCGCCGGGAUCGGUCCUCUUGGACGGCCGUGACAUUUGCGAGAUCGAUGUUCUCGAUCUUCGCCGCAAGGUCGGCAUGCUUUUUCAGCUUCCUGUUCUCUUUGAAGGCACAGUUGCAGAUAACAUAAGGUAUGGACCACAGCUAAGAGGGAAGAAGCUAAGUGAUCAAGAAGUACACAAAUUGCUUACUCUUGCAGAUCUAGAUUCCUCCUUCUACACAAAGGCCGGUUCGGAACUCUCUGUGGGUCAAGCACAACGAGUUGCGCUUGCUAGAACCUUGGCCAAUGAACCCGAGGUUUUGCUGCUGGAUGAACCGACAAGCGCCUUGGAUCCGAUAUCGACUGAGAACAUAGAAGAUGUCAUAGUGAAGCUGAAGAAGAAACAGGGGAUGACGAUUCUAAUGGUUUCGCACAGCAUCAAACAAAUUCAGAGGGUUGCUGAUGUAGUUUGCCUUCUCGUGAAUGGGGAGAUUGUUGAGGUUCUUAAACCCGAUGAGCUCUCCGAAGCCAAGCAUCCGAUGGCACUAAGGUUUCUUGAGCUCAGCUCUUGAAAGCUCUCUCCUAUUUUUAUAUCUCUGAUCUUUGCUGCUGUUUGUGGAAGUUUAAUCCUUGUUGCACACAAAAAUUAGGAUUCUGAGGUUUAAUAAACUUUGUAAUGCGCUUCUAUAUAGUAGCUAAACUCAGAAGCUUUUAGUUGCUUCUUUUGUUA